GGGUGCUAAAGGCAAGAAUGCUGGCCCGGGUUUGUCAGGUUUCGCGGCUGGCGCGACCGACGACGGAGAUGAUGACGCGAUGGACGUUGGCGGAACCGCAGCGAGUAACUCAGCACCAGGUGAAUCGUCAGAAGCGGGUCAGGGUGCACGACACGUGUACAUGCUGGACGAGUACCACUUUUUGAGUGAAGAUCAUAAGAAGGAGCUUUUCAGGUGGCGAC